GACUUCACAUCAGGGCAACAGAUUAAGACAUAAAAUGUUUUAUUUAAAAACAUAUUCGUAUUCUUUAUUUGUAAUUAUUAUAAUUUUUUUUAAAUGUUCAACUAUAAAAGCUGAUGCAGAUGAGUGUAACAAAAUCAUUAUUGAAGGCGGAGAACGUGCUCUAAAAAAAUUAUUCAAUGAUUUUGAGGAUAUCAAAAGCAUGGUUAAAGAUCUGAGCUCAAACAAAGAAGUCUAUCGGGAUACGAAUAAAUCUAUACAUAAUGAUUUGCCAUUUUUCGAUGUCCGUGUUGACAAAAUGCCCGAAAAAUGCUAUAAAAUAGCUCUGCCCAAAGAUUGUGCCACAGCCACAGCAUGCACCAAACGAAGUGGAAUUUACAAAAUUCAAAUCGAACAAUACAGCAAUGAACCCUUCCAUGUGGCCUGCGAUGAUGAAACCGAAAGUGGGGAUUGGUUGUUAAUACAAAGACGUCAGGAUGGUUCCGAGGAUUUCUAUCGUGAUUGGCUGGACUAUGAAAAGGGUUUUGGUGACAUAGAGGGCGAGUUCUUUAUUGGCUUGAAAAAAUUACACGCUCUUACAAACUUCAAUGGUCCGCAGGAGUUGAUGAUUGUUAUGGAAGAUGUUAAUGCCACUAGAGUGUUUGCCAAAUAUGAUGCCUUUGCAAUAGGCAAUGAAACCGAAUCGUAUAAACUGAAAAGAUUGGGCAAAUACUCUGGGACAGCUGGAAAUUCCCUGCAACGACAUAUUGGCAUGAAAUUUUCUACAAAAGAUCGUGACCAUGAUGAGCAACCGAAUGGCAGUUGUGCGGUGUCGUAUACAGGAGCCUGGUGGUAUACAUAUUGUCAUAAUAGUAAUCUUAAUGGCAAAUAUGGCGACAAUACUUUUGGCAAGGGCAUUAAUUGGAAAGCAUUUCGAGGUCAUACUGUAUCUUUAGCUUAUGUUAAAAUGAUGAUACGUCGCAGUAGAAUUAUAUAAAUAAAUACAUAAAAGUAGUUAAUUCUACAUAGUUAUUACAAAUUUCCAAUAAAUUGUUUUUUUUAUAUCCUUCACCAUGAGUGGCAAGAGUUUAUAAAA